AUGAAGCAGUGUAGUCUUUCUCCUGCCGCUCGACCUUUCCCAAUCGGUUCUUCUUCUUUCUCCAUCACUGCUUCUAAAUCUGAACACGAAGAUUCUAUCUGGGGCGAUUACAAUCUAGACCUCUCCUUCUUAUCCUCCGAUGACCAGAGAAGUGCCCUUGAUACUGAUGAUUCUCUCUCUAACUUGUCUCGCGAUGCAGAGACCAUCAAAGAAGAUAAAGUCUUGUUAAAUCCACCAUCCUUGAAACUGCCUGAGCUGCUGAUUGAGUCAUCUAAAGAUGCAAACGCAACUGUUAUAUCUGAGAAGAAAUCUUCUACAGAAACUGACCAAGAUGACUCUGAGGAAGAUACUCCUUGCUGGAUUGGGAUACUUUCUCGCAAGAAUCUGGCCUCAGGUUCCAAAUCUAUGACCUCAAGGCGUUCAAAUGAUGAUCUUAGUGGAUUUCGUAGAUUGAAUCCUUUGGCACCUCAGUUUAUACCAUCCAAUUCUAAGAAGAAUCUCGACAUUGAAGAGAAGAAUACUUCUUCUUCGUCUUUGAAGAAGUCUCUCUCUUCAGAUUUCCCAUCAUCGUCAGGAGAGUUCAGUGUAACCGAUCCUCCUAAAGAUGACACAGCAGCAAGAAGCGCAGGCGUAAUCUUGACUUCAAAUGCAGAUGGAGAUAAUGUUUCCAAGACUGAUUCAAGAAAUGAGUUCCAACCAUCUAAAAAGUUGGAUCCUUUGGCCCCUGUGUUCGUUCCCUCUACUGCAAAGCUAAGUCCUUCUCUUCAUGAGAAGAAGCAAGGAGGAGCUCUUGAGUCAAAUGCAGAUUCAGUUUCCGGAGAGGUUGGUCGCAGUGAUAAGAUUCAAUUUUCUGAUGGCGUUCAAGAAUCAGGCUCGACAUCCAAAGUUAGGAUUACUGUGAAUGCAAAACUAGGUGGCUCUAGCAGCAAGUCUCAUGGUCAGAGAAGAUUGAAUCCAUUGGCUCCUCAGUUCUCUCUUGCAGAUACUAAACAAAAAGCAUAUCGCUUUGAGAAUAGUAACUUCGGCUCUACUAAGUGGUAUUCAGUGGAGCCAAAAGCUACACUUUCUGUGAAGGGUGAUACAGAUUUUAAGCAUCCUCUUCCGUUUCACGUCGUGGAAACUGCAGCGAGUUCGUCUUCGAGCGAUGUGAAGGCUUCUUUAUCUGGCUCAUCUCCAAAGAUGGAUGUGAAGAAGCUACUUACAAAGAUGCAUGGACUGUCAGAGUUACUAACACUUGCACAUGGUUCAGAUUCAUGGAAUGCGGAUGAGGUUGAUCUCGUUAACAGCACUGUACAGAAUCUCAACUUGUACAUCCAAAACAGCAUUCAAGAACAGGCUGGGAAUCAAAGCGUCCCACGACACAGUUCAUAUGAUAUUCAGCUUUUACCUAACAAGAGUAAUAAGCUAUCGAUUAGAGACCUUCAGCUUCCAAGGGCAAACAGUAUGACUGUCGACCUUGAUGUUAAAAGGAAGGAGAAAUACUCUGAGAGUGUCCCAGACUCUCGUUUGUAUCAAUAUGGUGAUAACGGCUUUGGUCAGGUUGUGGCUCAAAGUGGUUACCAAUACCAACAGAAUCACUAUCAAGGCGAGGAGCAGAUUAAUCAACAUGCACUGUUCUACAAAAGCUUAUGGCUCAAGGCUGAAGCAGACAGGUGUUUGAUGGUUUACGAGACGUCUCUUUCGUAG